AUGGCCGUCGAAACCAUCACAACGAUCUCCCCCACCACCAACAAACCCAUCCUCACACGCCAUGGCCUCUCACCGGAAGACAUCUUGAAACUCGGGGCCACGGCGCAAGAGGCGCAGAAAGCCUAUGUCCAGAGCCACCCAACGCUCGAAAGCCGGCGUAAGAUCGUGACAAAAGCGCUCGAGAUUCUUUUGAAGAGACAGGACGAGCUGGCCCGCGAACUUACAGAACAAAUGGGCCGACCCAUCGCGUACACAGCGAAGGAGAUCACCACCGCGGUCAAGCGAGCAGAAUACCUCAACAAGAUCGCUCCAGAAGAGCUUGAGAAGGAAUACCCCGGCGAGGCGGAGGCUGGGUUUAAGCGAUACCUGCGCAAAGAACCCGUCGGCGUGGUGCUGGUGAUUUUCGCAUGGAACUAUCCGUACCUGAUCCUGGUCAACAGCCUCAUCCCCUCGCUCCUGGCGGGCAACAGCGUGAUUUUGAAGCCCAGCCCGCAGACGCCGACGAUCGCAGAACACAUCUUGGACAUCUUCACCGAGGCCGGCCUGCCCAAAAACGUCAUCCAAUAUCUCCACUGUGGAUCGCCGACGGACCUACGACCCCUGAUACUCAGCGAGGACGUCAACCACAUCUGCUUUACUGGCUCCGUCGCCGGUGGGCUGGCCAUCCAGGGCAUCGCAUCUUCGCGCGUCAACGUCUCCGUCGGGCUUGAACUUGGUGGAAAAGACCCGGCGUACAUCCGAUCAGACGUGGACGCCGCUUGGGCUGCCGAGGAGAUCGUCGACGGCGCGAUCUUCAAUUCCGGCCAGUCCUGCUGCGCCGUGGAGCGCGUUUACGUACACGAAAGCAUAUAUGAUUCGUUCGUGUCCGAGGUCAAGAAGGUCCUCAGCGGCUACAAGCUCGGCGAUCCGUUCGACAAGAGCACGCACGUCGGGCCCGUGGUGUCCGCGCGCUCCAAGGACGCCAUCGCCGCACAGGUUGCCGACGCGCUGUCCAAAGGUGCAAAGGACGAGACCCCCGCAAACGACACGUUCGCCAACCCGCCCACAAGCGGAGGAAACUUUGUUGCACCCGUGCUCCUGACGGGCGUCAACCACUCGAUGGCCGUCAUGACCGAAGAGACGUUCGGGCCAGUGAUCCCCGUGCAGAAAGUGUCGUCGGACGACGAGGCGAUCUCGCUGAUGAACGACAGCGUGUUUGGGCUGACGGCGUCGAUCUGGACCAAAGAUACCGCCCUGGGCGAGAAGCUCACGCGCAGAGUCCAGGCCGGCACCGUCUUUGUCAACCGUGCCGACUAUCCGAGUCCCGAUCUUGCCUGGACGGGGUGGAAGGAUAGCGGGAAGGGCGUCACGUUGAGCCGCUUUGGCUUCGAGCAGUUUGUUAAAUUGCAGAGUGUUCAUGUUAAGGAUUAUCCUAAGUAG